AUGGGAAGUGCCAUCCUACCGUCUUUCGACUUCGAAAAGGCUGUCAAAGAAGUUGCUCUUGGUCGGGACGCUUCAGCAGUCGCUGGCCGUCUGCUGUCAGAAUUGUCUUUGAUGGACCGUGUACAUCUUCUGGAUGGGGACGUUCCAUUCUGGGAAGGCCUGAGGGGAAUACUCUGCGAUCGUUAUAAUCGCAGGCCAUUUGUCAUGGGUGCAGUCCCUCGCCUCAAGAUACCGGGACUCAAGUUCACCGAUGGGCCCAGGGGCGUGGUGAUGGGCUCAUCAACCGCCUUUCCAAUUUCCAUGGCUCGCGGCGCCACCUGGGAUAUCGAUCUUGAAAGACGAGUCGGUAACGCCAUUGGACUUGAAAGCAAGGCACAAGGCGCGAAUUAUUUCGCUGGUGUAUGCAUCAACCUUCCACGUCACCCAGCUUGGGGCCGUAUCCAAGAGACGUAUGGCGAAGACCCGAUUCUGCUGGGUGAAUUCGGCGCUGCACUCACUCAGGGCGUCCAAAACCACAUCAUGGCAUGUGUCAAGCACUUUGCUUUGAAUUCGAUGGAGAAUGCUCGAUUUAGAGUUGAUGUUGAGGUGGAAGAAGACGUACUUCACGAAGUUUACCUUCCUCACUUUAAAAGAGUUGUCGAAGCUGGCGUCGCAUCAGUCAUGUCUUCCUAUAACUCGGUCAAUGGAGAAUGGGCCGGUCAAAGCAGGCUUCUCCUCACAGACAUCCUGAGGAACCAGUGGAAAUUCACGGGCUUCGUUUUGUCUGACUUUAUUUUCGGCUUGCGAGACGCUGCGCUGUCGGUCAAGAAUGGCUUGGAUAUUGAAGCACCUUUUGCGCAACAACGGGCAAUGCAUCUAGACAAUGCUCUGCGCAGUGGCGAACUAUCCUGGUCAGAUGUUAAUAAAGCGGCCACGAGAAUCCUACGUACCCAGCUCGAGUUCGGCUCUCGUAUUCUUCAACAAGGACCAGAUUUGUCGGUGGUGUUUUGUGAAGAACAUCGACAACUCGCCCGUGAAGUUGCGGGACGAUCAAUGGUGCUGCUCAAGAAUAAGACCGUCAACAGCAAACCGCUUCUGCCACUGGACGAAGCAGCUAUUUCCCGCCUGGCUCUAGUUGGUCGUCUGGCUAACAAGUCCAAUACUGGAGACAAGGGCUCCUCUCGGGUCUUUUCACCGACAGUGGUCACCCCAUAUCAGGGACUCAAAGAUGGACUUUCCAACGCUGAAGUAAUUUUGGAAGAUAGUGACAGUCCUGAUUACGCCGCAAGAGCAGCCGCACAAGCAGAUGUCGCUGUUGUUAUUGUCGGUUACGACUCCAACGACGAGGGCGAAUACGUGGUGCCUUCCCUUCAGAAUGACCCUUGCCUGUCGGAACUGUUCCCUCCGACGACGAAUUCAGCCGAAGAAGAGACCUUGUCGAUUAUCCAAGGCAAAUCGGCUAUAGGGAAACAAGAGUCGGCGCUUGAAGUUGGUGCUGGAGGCGAUCGCCUGUCUCUGAGGUUAAGGCCUCGAGAUGUCGAAAUCAUCAAUGCAGUGGCUACUGUCAACACAAACACAAUCGUAGUGCUUAUCUGCGCUGGCGCCGUCAUAAUGGAGGAGUGGAAAGACAAAGUACCCGCUAUCAUGAUCAGUUGGUAUGCUGGGGCAGAGGGCGGCCAUGCACUCUCAGAUGUUGUGCUGGGACGGGUCAAUCCUGGAGGCAGACUGCCGUUCUCGAUCCCGACAGAUGAGUGCCACCUCCCCGAGCUUGACAUUGAAACGCCGGCUAUCAAAUAUGAUCGUUGGUAUGGCCAAAGUCUGCUGGACAAACUUGGAGUUGAUGCUGCGUUUCCACUCGGUUAUGGGUUGUCGUAUACCAAAUUCCGGUUCAGCAACCUUGAAUUUGUGCACGAUCAGGACAUCCCAGACAAGGACAUCAUCAAAGUGGCGGUUGAUGUGGAGAAUACAGGUCUGAGAUCCGGGCAUCAUGUUGCCCAAGUAUAUGGGUAUCCCGAUACUGCUGACUUUCCACAUCGAGUCUUACUUGGUUUCGCCAGUGUGUGUCUAGAAGCUGGGCAGUCGAAACGGAUAUUUGUCGAGGCAUCUCUGCAACCCGUUAAGCGAUGGGUAGAUGGUAAAUUCCACUUGUUGAUUGACUGUUUACUCGUUGAGGUUGCAGCAUACGCUGGGGAUAAGCAAGCAAUCCAGAAAGUGUAUCAAUUCUAG